UGACAAUUUUGACACAAUAAUAAACCUUGCGAUUGCUUUGCUUCGUUUCGUAUUUCCACAAAAUAUUUUUACUAUAUUUUUAUAUUAUUUUUGAAGAUUUAUUAUGAAUCUUCAUUAUAUUAAGUUUCAAACCGCUAAUUCACAAUCCACACUUUAUAUUAAAACAGAAAGGCAAUGUUAUUCCAUCGGUGAUCAGACUUUCUUUUUCUGUUGUUUGUGAAUGACGUGUAAUGUUUCCAACGGUGGACACUGAAGAUAUUGUACAAGUCACGUCAUUACAAAGAAUAUCUAGUGUUUCUAGCGAUGUUCAAAACUCGCCGGAAAAUACCCAAAACUCUAAACAACAAAAUAAUAAAGAGAUAACCCUUAACAUGCUUAUCAAGGAAAUGGUUUUCUGUAUAGCCCUUGCUCUGACUACAUACGGCGCCCUUCAUAACACCCCUACAAAAGUUUCUAAACACCCACAAGCAGUGAGAUUUUUCAACUCAGACUCUGUAGUGAGUGACUGGUAUAAAGGUCAGCUGAGCAGUGCACUUGCUGUAGUCAAUAAGGCUGACAUAUCAUUUGUUAUGUACUAUGCACCUUGGGAUGCAGAGUCCCAACAUGUCCGAGGGGAGUUUGAAAAAGCUGCUAUAAUAUUAAGUGAAAGAGUCCAUUUUGCUGCAAUAAAUUGUUGGAAUCCUGGCAGUGAGUGCAGAUUGCAUCACAACAAAAUACCAUCUUGGCCAAUCUUAAUGGCAUAUACAGUAAAUUCUCGAGGUGUUCUUUACAAAGGUCCCAGGGAUGCACACAGUAUUGUCAACUUUUUGGAGUUAGUCAUUAAGCCCUUGGAAAGGGUGUCUUCUACUGAAGAUCUUGUUAACUUGUUAUCUAUAUGUGAUGCUGUAGCUGUAGGAUUUACGCCCUUAGCAGAUACGUCAAAGUAUUAUAAUAUUUGGUAUACAGUCGCCAUUAAGGCGCGUGAGUUUGACACUAUUGGCGAAAUAUGUUUUGCAGUGGUGACAUCCGAGGAGCUGGCUCUUGAUCUCGGGGUGGAGACAGUGCCAAAUGCACGGCUGAUGCUGUGGAAUGAUACACUGGAAUACAUAUCUGGUGGCGCUUAUCAGUCAUGGAAUGAAUCGUCACUUCUUCACUGGGUUUUGGAGAAUUUCACGCAGCCCGUCGCAAGGGUCAUACCAAUGUGGAAAAAAGCAUUCAGUUUCGAGAGAUACGUAGAUGGGAACCCAAUAUUAAUACUUUUUACGCCAAUGAACCCUUUAUAUAACCAAUUGCCGUCAUAUGCUUUGCUGCGUGAAGUCGCUAUGGAGUACUACAAUUGCAACAACAAUAAAUCUAGUCAAUGGACCACAGAGCUUCUAAAAUUGCAGCAAGUGCAAAGACUUAUGUAUGAGCAAAAGAAUUUCAUAAAAUUUUGCCAAGACUUUAAAUUCAAAAAACCUAUUAUCAAUCGUAAUCAUUAUUACAAAAAGGAGAUCGUCUCGCAGAAUAAUAAGUAUCCAUGGGUAAAUGUUACGCAAAAGUAUCAGAAGAAUAAAUCGGCCGAUUUUUUUAUGAAAAAGGGAUUAGCUAUAGCAAAAUUUAUGGAUAGUUCGGAUGACGAGUCUCAAGUGGUGACUUCUCUAGGCCUGUUACAUGAAUGUAACAGAGAACUGCCAGCCGAAAGGGCCUUCUAUGACAACUACGAGAAGUGCCUAUUGUUUGAAGAUAAUUUCAAUCUUGACCAGGGCAAACAAGAGGAUCACGAAUCAAUAGUAACCACAAUGCUGCCAUUUGAAGGAGACCAUUUGGCGCCUGAAAAUUUGGUUCAAGAUAAUGUAAAACACUUCUGCAAGUUAACUAAGUUUUCCUAUGAGUUUGGUCCCCCCAUAGUACCCGCCAAAGUCCCAAACGCAGAGGACCAAAUUAACGUAACAGAUAUAAAUGGUUUAUCUUGUGAAAACAACUUCACUCUACACAUGCUCGCCGUGGACAGUGUUACUAACCAUCAUUUUGCUGAAUCCCUUGGUAUCGACGUCUCAAACAAGAAAGACAAAACCACUGUUGUCAUACUAGACAGUAAACACGAGAGUCAAUACGUCCUCUCAGAAGAGUACAGUGCCAAAUCGAUCCGAGAGUUUAUUCUGAACUUCACGCGAAAGAAUCUGAAACGUUCCUUACGGACGCACGUGGUGGACGCUGCGCACACGCAUUACUACGGUUCUGACAACAAUGGCCAAAUAGAGAUCACUAAUGACACUAUACAUAUUAUCGAUCUAACAACGCGUAGUUUCAGGAAAAUGGCCAGAACGAAGGGAGUGAUAACGCUGGUGGCGGUGUGCGGCGGCGCGUGCCCGGCGCACGUGUCGCGCGCGCUGGCGGCGGGCGCGCGGCUGCUGCGCGCGUGCGCGCUGCGCGUGGCGGCCGCGCGCCUCGACGCCCGCGCGCACGACCUGCCCUGGCACUACACUGUUGACAGAUACCCCGCCGUCUUCGUGUUCCCCGCCCAUCGUGAGGGCGAGGCGGGCAGCCGCUCGUACCCAGCGGACGAGCGCGUGUCGGGCGGCGGGCUGGUGUCGCUGGCGCUGCGCGCGCUCGCCGCGCCCUCGCAUCUGCGCGUGCGCAUCGCUCUCUGCCACACUGCCAAGGGUGUUGCCAAGAAAAAGACUUGCUUAUAUGAUAUCAAGGAGCAUUUGACCACAUUGAUCGGCCGAAAUCUAAAAUACUGGCGUCGGAGUGAGCACAAGGAGCUCAAAGACGCACUUUUCAAAAGACUGCAACAUUUACACAGAGUCUCUCUGGACCUUAGCCUGAUGCAUGUGACGGAUCUCAGUGAUAAGAGUAUAAAACUAAAGACAUUGUUAAAUUCACUUAGUUUAUUAGCAAAGAAUUGGGACAUCGACGUGUCCAUCCUGAAUACGAAAAGUUGAUAUAUAAUGUAUUUUGUAAAUAGUGUACAUUGCUCAUUUUAUAAAAAUAUGUCUGUUAUUUAUUUUUAGAGUCAAGCCUAAAGAUAUUAAAACGUUGAAAUAA